AUGAACGAAGGAGGUCAAUCUCCUUUGUUGUGUAUAAAGAUUAAUAAUGUACGUAAUACAAAGGCACUGAAUGGCACGGAUGGUGCUUUGGUUUGUGUUGUUAAUGUCGAGGGUGUCGACUACCACCCGAUCGACGUGGUUCUUCGCAGACCCAAGUCUGACCACGGCCUGCAGAAGAACUCACUGGUUUUCCAACUGCCAGGUAUUGUUUCACGCUUUGAAGUCGCUUUCAAGAAGAAAUAUCACAAGGACGAGUCAGUCCAGCCAACCGUGGUAGUGGCACGCGCCAAUAUCCAGCUGCAAUAUUCAUCGAUGCCUUUCACAUCGCUACCACGUCGUUCCAGCUAUAACUCACUGUCACCCAACACCGGUUCACCGACAGCAUCGCCACGCCACUCCCCACAGCAACCUCUACACCUUUAUAAUUCAAUGGGAGGCAGUCCAGCAGGUUCGCCAACAUCCGCGCCAAUUUCCAUUCAGGGCAGUGGCGCACCCGCCAGCAACACCAGUCCGUCGCCACUGAGCAUGUCGGGAUCGUCGCCAAUCAACAUCAACACACCACCACAAUACUCACUUAGUGGUUCGCCAGCUUCCAACACACCGAAUGAAUAUGGAUUGUCUGGAUCACCAUCGAUGAUGACUUACAAUGGAAAUAGUAUUCACCAGAAAUCACCUACACCCAUUCGUGGAUCGAACUCAGUGUCGUCGCCAUCUUUGGCAACACCGGCACCAAACGAAAAUGAAGAAUACAGAAUCGAUUCCAGUUUGAAAUGGUAUAAACUUUAUGUACUUGGCGUUGGUAAUUCCAAUUCCAUUGUCAGUAGUAGUAAUAAUAAUAAUAAUCCGUUGUCCAACUCUAGCAAUGGACAACAACCACAUCUACAUCAUACAAUUUCACAUUCCUCUUUCAAUACUGGUUAUAGUGAGAGCGAGUCAACCUACUCCAACGAUGAAGUAGAAGUACAGCUACAGAUAUCCUAUGAGAAUACCAAUCUUCCUGGAUUGGUUCGUUUGAAAUCGUUGCAUCGCGAUCUACUGGACGUGGUGGUAACUCCAAAGUUACAGCUGGUGCAUGCUUCGUGCGAUGCAGUCGACAUCACCGCGGCGGCUGCGAUGGCCAAGUCGCUGGUAGACAUUUUCCAUUGCCAUCACAAAUUGCUGCAUCUCCUGAAGGCGUUCAUGAAGAAAGAGGUGGCAGCAUGUCACGAUCCAGGAACUCUAUUCCGUUCCAACUCUGUUGCCAUGAAAAUGGUGGUCGCCUACGGACACAAAACAGCACAACACUACGUAGCGCAAACUCUCACACCACUCGUUGUCGAACUGUGCAGUUCGCCACUCUCUCUGGAAGUGGAUCCCGAUCGCCUGCAGCCAGACGAAGACGUCAACGAGAAUAUCGAGAAACUCAAGGUUGUCUCCCAGAAAUUCUUUGACCGUAUCGUCCAGUCGAUCGAUCAAUGUCCGAAAUCCAUCAUCGAAAUCUGUUAUUAUUUCAAGAAAAUCGUUUCCAGAAAAUUCCCCAACCAUUGGCGUGCGGCAGUCGGUGGAUUCAUAUUUCUCCGUUUGUUCUGCCCGGCCUGUGUGUCGCCAGAGAACGCCGGAAUCAUCUCGCCAGGUCGUGUGGGAAUCAGUGAGCGUCGUGCACUCGUUCUCGUUGCCAAAUGUCUGCAGAAUCUCUCGAAUCAAGUGACUUUCAAUCAGCCAUACAUGGAGUCACUCAACGACUUUAUCAAAUCGAACGCACCGCUACUCGACGACUUCUUUGUCCGACUGGCAGCGCGUCCCUCCGAAGAUCAGACCAUCGACGGAAUGAUAGUCUCUGAGGAUUCAUUCCACGACGGAAUCGUCUACGUCCAACAAUUCCUCGAUAAGAACCAGGAGCGUGUAUUUAAGAAUCUAGAGGCAGCCGGAUUCCCAGAGUUGAUCAAGCCCGAGAAACUCCAGGAGGUGAUCGAUCUCUCAAAGAAAGCGAUGCUCCAAUCGAGUCCACUCUUACUGCUCUCCAAGAAUCGUUCCAAUUCCGCUGGAUCAUCCAACUCACCAAAGAUCGAAGUAAAGAAGAACCGUUCCAACUCUGACAAUAAGGAACCCUCUUUCAAAUGGCAAUCUACACUUUCAAAGAAUCUUAAAAUUGCCAAACAAAAUGUAAUAACACCUACACUCAAUGUAAUAUCAAAUAAUUUCCCAACAGCAAAAGAAGAAGAAGUUUUAAUUAAUUUGGAUUUCGUAUGGAAAGAAAAUCCAAGACCAGCACAUGUUGUCGUACAACAUCUAUUGAGAAUGAUUGUCUCGAUUUGUAAGAAUAAUAAAUUAACAGACCAACAAAUACUCCGAUCGAACCCAAAGAAUUCACUCACCAGAACCCGACAGAUUCGUGGUGGUGACGUUCGUCGUCAAUUUGUCAUCCCUCUCGAUCCAAGAUAUCAUUUCGCGCUGUGCAACGUCAACAUCACACUGCCUUGUCUCAGAAUAUUCUCACCCGAUACCAUCAACGAAGAUCUUCAUAAAUCUGGUGAAGAAUUUUGUAGUUCUAAAAUCGAUAUUUGUACAAAGAAGAAAGAAAUAAGUUUACCAAAAUUAUUUUCACAGUUUGGAACUGAUUUCGGAAAGAAUAGAGGUGAAAUGUUGAAAUGGCUGUUCCAAUUUUUGACAUCUGCAAAACGAACAGAGUUGAUCGAUAUUCUUGAGAAACCAUCGUAUUUGUGUGUCUACAGAGGUGAGAGUUGGAAUCCAAUCACCUACAAGACGAAAUUCAUUGAUUUCGACGAUGUCGAAGAGAAGGAAGCCAGUGAGAAGAAGAUGAGUGAACGUGAGAAAGUCCUGAGGAGAAAGUCUCGGUCUCUCACUCAUGGCAUCGAUCAAGCAGAUCGUCACCGUUUUGAAUCAAGUGGUGAAGCGAAUCUCUGA